AUGCCCCUAUCACUCUUUCUUUUAUCUCUUGUGUUUUCACUCUUCACGUUCUUGUCACAAGCCAGUGCAGGCCCUACCCAUGAUGCCUGGUCUCGCCUUUGGAGCCCAUGUCCAACGGACUGCAGUGACUCUUCACCGGCCGAAUGGGCUGCAUACAACGGGCUAAGCCGUCUCGCUGCUUGCAACGGGCUAAGCCGUCUCGCUGCUUGCAACCAGACAAUGCGUCUUCAAUUCUCUUUGUACAAUCCUUCAAGUUCCAUACGAGCCUGUUCGGCAUCCUCCAACCCCCACUCUGUACAAGCUGCACUGGCACCUGCCUUCUCCGAGAAAUUCCAAUCCCAGGAGGUAAGCCUUGAGCUUGGCUGGUGGGACACUCCGACCUCCUCGAGUCCUGCGGGUGUCAAAGCUGCUGUGGAGGAGGCCCGAAAAGCCCUUAUGACCUCGAGCAACAACAAAUCCACCACGACAUUUAGCUACUCGGGCAAGUCCCUUGUUGGUCUGUAUGCUGGACACGGAGUGCUCCACUCGGAUGCUGCCACUACAGCGCUCCAGCACUUCACUCAAUAUCUCGAGUCGCAGGAGACUAUCGGUCGAGUGCUCCUUCAGUACUGCGGCAUCAACUCAAACAAAGCGCUUGGUAUCGUGGUCGACACGACUGGUGACUUUUCGGCAGUGCAGCGCAUUAUGCGGGACUGGAAUGAGGCCAAAUGCCAGACCGACUUUGACGGUAGCAAGAAGCUGUCCACCACUGCGUUGCGUCUUGAGCGACCCUUCACCCAGGCAAACUCGACCACCGAUGACCUGACCCGCCGCCACUCACACCACCACGGCGCCCAUCACGAUCAUUCCAUCCACCGGCGAGCGACCUGCGAGACCAUCCAAGUCGCGUCCGGUGACUCCUGCGGAUCCCUCGCUAAAGAAUGUGGCAUCACUGGCGCGAAGUUUGAGGAGUACAACCCUGACAAAAAUCUCUGCUCCACCUUGUCAGUCGGUCAGUAUGUAUGCUGCACUGCCGGUGACCUCCCCGACCUUACUCCUAAGCCUGAGCCUGACGGUACAUGCGCUUCUACCAUUGUGGAAGAUGGGGAUUACUGUUCCAAAAUAGCCUCUGCCAACGGUAUCUCUGUUGAGGACCUGGAGGAUUUCAAUAAGAAGACCUGGGGAUGGGCGGGAUGUGACCUCCUCCAACCAAAGCAACGGAUCUGCCUCAGCAAGGGUGACCCUGCGAUGCCAGAGAGUCUUGAUAAUGCUGUUUGCGGUCCGCAAGUCCCAGGGACAAAACAGCCAACGAACGGCACGGAUCUUGCGGAUCUCAAUCAAUGUCCGCUCAAGUCAUGCUGCAACAUCUGGGGUCAGUGCGGUAUCACCGAUGACUUUUGCACCAUCACCGAGUCAGAGACCGGAGCCCCCGGUACGGCGGCCAACGGCACGUAUGGCUGUAUAUCCAACUGCGGCACUGAUAUCGUCAAUAAUGACAGUCCUCCGGACUCUUUUAUUACGAUUGGGUAUUUCGAGGCCUGGAACUUUGAGCGCAAAUGUCUGAAUAUGGACAUAGCCUACUUCGAUACAUCCGCCUACAGCCAUCUUCAUUUUGCUUUUGCUGAGAUCACCAAGGACUACAAGGUCGACGUUUCUGCCGUCCAGUCCCAAUUCGAUAGUCUGCUGAGCAUGGGCGAAGUGCACCGUGUGUUAUCGUUCGGUGGAUGGUCCUUCUCCACCGAGGUGGACUCCUUUCCUAUCUUUCGCGAGGGCGUGACCGACGCGAAUCGAGAGUUGUUCGCCACCAACGUGGUCAAUUUCAUUGUGGACAAUGACCUCGAAGGUGUCGAUUUUGACUGGGAAUACCCCGGAGCCCCAGAUAUCCCCGGCAUACCUGCCGGGGAUGAGGGCGAUGGAGAACGAUACCUGCAGUUCUUGAAGCUGGUGCGGGAGAAGCUUCCCAAGAGCAAGACCCUAGCAAUUGCCGCACCUGCUUCCUUUUGGUAUUUGAAGGGCUUCCCGAUUGCGGAGAUCUCUGAAGUCGUUGACUAUAUUGUCUACAUGGCCUACGACCUGCAUGGUCAAUGGGACUACGGCAAUCAAUAUGCCACUUCCGGAUGUACUAAGGGUGACUGCCUACGCUCCCAUGUGAACCUUACGGAGACAACAAGCGCUUUGUCAAUGAUCACCAAGGCCGGGGUUUCUUCUGACAAAAUCAUUGUCGGACUGGCCAGCUACGGACGUUCCUUCAAAAUGACCAAGGAAGGCUGCACCGGACCCAUGUGCAGGUUCGUUGGGCCUGACUCUGGCGCGGCAAAAGGGGAGUGCACCGAUACCGCAGGGUAUAUCUCCGAUGCAGAGAUCUACCGGAUUCUUGACGAAGAUGACACGGCAGAGACCUUCUACGACAAGAGCAGCGAUAGCAACAUUCUUGUCUACGGAUCCACGGAAUGGGUUGCGUUCAUGGACGCGGAUACGAGAAGCAGUCGGACAGAUUACUAUGAGGGUCUCAAUAUGGGCGGGACGACAGACUGGGCUGUUGACCUGCAGGCAGUCGGCUUUUCUGGAGGAGGCGGCGGCGGCUCCGGCGACGGUGGCGGCACCCUGAAUCAAUCCAUCGUCUACAUCUCUCCCAGUAUCUGGACGGACGGGGAGGAUCCUGCAACGGUGCAAUGUCCUGCGCCCUGCGUUCUCGUGCUCCCAGAUUUCCCUCUCAGCUCGACGUCCGUCAUCUCUCGUCCUCCGUAUGUUACGACCCUGGACGUGGCCUGGCCAACGGCUGCGACCUUGACAACCGGGGGAUCUACAGUGACGACCACCACCGUGACUCACAUUCUACAGGAAACAACCAUCAAGGCACCCGCAGUUACUGUGAGCUCCCUGCCCAUGGCAAAUCUUAACAUCACGGUGCCCAUCGACGGCAACAGCACCAUCACCAUCACCCCCAGACCACGAUUCCCAGCGCAGGCCGUUACCAUUACCAAUGACCCUAACCCGCUGAGCAUCACGGGCGUCUCGCAUCCGCCUGUCACUCGCAGUGUCACCUUGCCGCCCUGGCCUCAGGGAACUGUCAUCUAUUAUCCAAAGGACUACGUUGAUGACGGCAGAGAUGACAAUAAUGAUGAUGACGACGACAACGACGAUGAUGAUGAUGACAAUGGCAACGAUGAGGAUGACGGUAUCGACCUUCCUGCCAUCCCGAUCAUCGUCGUCAAGGACGGACCCGGCUCACCUCGCUGUGGCGCCGACGAAAACUGCGGCCAUGUCUGCUCCGGCCCUCUCAGCUUCUGCUCUUGCUUCAUCUGCCCCAACGGCGGUGGUGCUGGCGACGGUGGCUUCUCAGAUCCCAACGACCCCAACCCACCCCCACGACCCCCCGGAGAUCCAGUAAAUAACAACAACAACAAUCCAGACGACCCAGACCGUAGCUGCACGAAGACAUCCACCGAGACGAACUACUGGGUGUCGUGCGAGAGCCUAGCCUCGACCUCAACCUCGUGCACCACAACAAGCAGCAUGCUCGCCAUCGGCUGCGACGUCACAGCCACAACGACCACAACCGGCGAGGGCGUCUGCAGCAGCUUCAACCCCGACGAGGACCAGGGAGACGCCAACGGCCGACCCACCAGCGGAGGCUCCACGACCGUGCCAACAGUCUCAGCCACAGCAACCACCACUACAAACAAAGAGCCCUCCACCUCUUCCAAAACCACCACGACCAAGACCUCGACGACAUCUGCCUCCCCACCGUCCGCCACCGCUGCCGACGGCUGCAGCAAAGUCGGCGGCUCCAGCAGCAGCACCCGACGCUGCUGGAACAAAUGCGACCCGGGCACGGGCUCGCCCAUCGGCGGCGACUGGGCGCAGAACGAUCCCUGGUGCUACAUCUCAGAAUCCGGCAGCGACGAGUACGCCAAUUGCUUCAAGCAAUCCGACUGUCCGACUGACUUUGAGUGCGCGGAGUCAUGGGGCUGCGUCGUUCCGCUGGCCCGUGGGUGUGCGCCUCAGGGCGGCAAAACGCAGCUGGGGAAGACUUGCUGGAGCAGCUGCAAUGAGAAGACCGGGAAGCGUACGAACGAUGAGUGGGAGGAGGGAAUGGCGUGGUGCUGGCUGAAGAAUGAUAGGUUUUUUGCCAGCUGCGAUGAGGACGACGACUGCGAUGCCACCACCGAGUGUGUCCCUGACUCUUGGUCGCAUGGCGGCUGCGAUACUAAUGAUAAGGCCUCGUGA